CGGCGGCGGCGGGAGCAGGUUGUGUCUUGUUGUGUUCCUCGUGUCCUUGUCCCAGAGACCGGGGCUGGGGGGUCCCUUUGUCCUGACAAGGGGGGUCCAUCUCUCACGGUGAGCUGUGCUGUGGGUGGUGAGGUGCCCGUGGAGCUGUCCCUGGGUGCUGUCCCUGCUCUGUGCCCGGCAGCUGAGGCUCCUGUGCCCGAGCAGGGCACGAUGUCGGCGCGGCGGGCGCUGAAGGCUGUGCUGGUGGAUCUCAAUGGCACCCUCCACAUCGAGGAUUCGGCUGUGCCAGGAGCACAGGAGGCUCUCAGAAGGCUGCGCAGUGCCCCAGUGACCGUCAGGUUUGUGACCAACACCACCAAGGAGAGCAAGAGGGACCUGCUGGAGAGGCUGACGGGGCUGGGCUUCGACAUCGCCGAGCACGAGAUCUUCACCUCCCUGACAGCAGCCAGGAACCUCCUGGAGCAGCAGCAGGUGCGGCCCCUGCUCCUGGUGGAUGAUAAAGCCCUGCCUGAUUUCACAGGGAUUGGCACGGAUAACCCCAAUGCAGUGGUGGUGGGACUGGCUCCUGAGCACUUCCACUACGAGAUGAUGAACAGAGCCUUUCGGUUGAUUUUGGAGGGGGCACCUCUCAUAGCAAUCCAUAAAGCCAGGUAUUUCAAGAAGAAGGAUGGGCUGUGUCUGGGACCUGGACCUUUUGUGACAGGGCUGGAGUAUGCGACGGACACCAAAGCCACCGUGGUGGGGAAGCCAGAGAAGACCUUCUUCCUGGAGGCUCUGCGGGGCACUGGCUGUGCCCCCGAGGAGGCUGUCAUGAUUGGAGAUGACUGCAGGGAUGAUGUUGGUGGUGCCCAGCAGGCAGGCAUGCGGGGGAUUUUGGUAAGGACGGGUAAAUACCGCCCAGCAGAUGAAGACAAAAUCAACCCGGCUCCCUACUUAACCUGUGAGAAUUUCCCAGAGGCAGUGGAACAUAUCCUGAAGCAGAUGCUGUGAGAAAGGGAACAGCUAGCUUGAAGAAACAUCUGUUUCACACAAUUUCCUUCAUUCUUGCUUCAAAAAAUAAGGUCCCAAGAUCGUGCAUGCUUGGCAUCCAUCACAAACCACUCUGGGCUGUGAGGGGCAGGGGAUCCAUGUGGGCCCAGCACAGUCACACACACAGGGAGUGUUGGCAGUGUUUCCUUAUUUUCAUUUUUCAAAGAAUACUUGAUGAAAAGCCCCGUCUGGAAAGCGUCACCUUCUGCAGAAUAAGUUAAACUGAAAACAUGCACUGGAAACACUCAAGUAAGUAAAGCUCAAACACCAACAGAGCCUCAGUGGGCCUGUAGUGAUUUCACUGACAUCUGUGCUGUGCACUGACCUAAAGGUAGAGAUUAUGCACAUUGAGAAGUGACUCCUAAAUAUAUCAUCAUUGCUUAAUAAUAACUACUGUGCCUAUCUAGAGCAGAUCCUGUUAUUUGCUUUUCAAAUUUUACAUAAAAUUAAAAACUGUCAGCAUUUUACAGAUGUUUUAAUUAGAUGCUGUUAUUAAAAAGAAUGAUACAGAAGCAAAACUCUGGUAUUAAAUGCCUUAGAGACUGUGACUUUUUAAAAUUAGGCUUCAGCAGGGUCCUAUUAAUGUUGCAGUUGCAAAAUUUCACUGUUGUUGGGGAUUUUUUUGUUUCUUUUUAAUGUUAUGGAAAAAAUCCUUCACAAGCCAUGGGGACAGAUUCCAGUUUUUACAGUUGGUUAGCAGAGCUGUAAAAUGAAAUUUAAUUCUGUAGCGUGCAAUGCUUUUCCUAUGCACUACAUCCCCCAAUAUGAACCAACUUUGUAAUGAUGGUAAAUGGCUUUUCUGGUCCAUUUGCAAACUGUAAUAAUCAAAGUCCUUUACAGUUGUUUUACAGUGCUCCUGUGUGUUAAAUUAUUAGAUUGUAAUUAUGCAUUACUGGAGUAUUAACCUUAUUGAAAAUACAGUUUUGUGUUAAUGA